AUCUCUGGGGGUCCAAGUGCCAGUGGCUGCCCACCCCUCCUGGGCACACGUUUAUAUGACACAUUUCAUUGGGUCAAGGAUUCUAAGAGUGUGCACCAGGGACAGUCAGUAGGGGUGACCUGGAGCUGUCCGGAAUCAUUCUUUUUGGGCUUCACUUUCUUGCUUUGGACCCUUGGCCAAGAUGAGCCAAAAGGUUGAUUCCGAGAUAGAGGGUUCUCAGCCCUUGGUGUACACCAUCGAGGAACUUGAGUGCAAGAUCUGCUAUAACCGCUAUGAUGUACGUUCCCGCAAGCCUAAGGUGCUCAGCUGCUUGCACCGUGUCUGCGCCAGGUGCCUCAAGAAGAUGGUGGAGAUGGGUGACUCCUCGCCCAGUAUCAUCAGCUGCCCUUUUUGCCGCCACGAGACUCAUGUUCCUGAGGAGGAGAUCUGGCUUCUCCAAGAUGACAGCAACAUCCUGGCCAUCCUAACUUACCAGGACCGUGCCCGGAAAUGUGGUUCAACGGGUCACGGUGAGGUGGUACUCACACCAAGUGGUCUGGCUGGCGAGGGUGGCACAAGUGGGGACCAAUCACACAGCUCCUCCGACUGCUUGGUCAUCACCAUCAUGGAGAUGCCAGGCGAGUCGCAGUCCUCCGAGACCAUGAGCAUGCUCAACAUGGUGCGCUUAUACCGGCCACCCAGCCUGGACUCACUGCCCUGCCACUUGCCCGUGCAGAAGUGCCGCAUGUGGACAUCGCACGCCUUCCCCCGCUUUCUCAUUGGGCUCCUCUGUCUCAUCUACUUCAGCUCCCUGCCCCUGGGCAUCUACCUGUUGAUGAUCCAGCAGCUCUCACUGGGUGUCAUCCUUGUCAGCCUGGUGCCCUCCACCCUCGUCCUCUGCGUCUUCUACGGCUUCUGUCAGUGCCUGUGCCAUGAGAUCAUGGAGUCUAUCACCACAUGACCCAUCUACACCCCAUCUCAGUGCGCCGAAACGACCAAGCCUGCGGAACAACGACCAGCGCCACCCAUUCAUCAUCCCACAUCGUCUCGUGACCCAAUUACGGUUCCUCUGACCUCAACCAGUCCCGGUCUGGUGGUAUGUUAACUCCUUCAGUUUUCCCAUCAGCUGGUUGAUAGGGAGCCUUCGAAGAUGCAUGAUUAACUGUGGCUCCUUUGUGAUGUGUACUUCUCGGAGACUUGCUUGCCAAGAUCUGAUCACUGAAAAGCGCGGUCGACCUUCCCAACAGAUAGGCUUCAGACAUAACUGUGAUCACCGAACUGUGUUGUUAGUGACGACCAAAAGUGUGUAUCUACUCUCUCUUUUCAUACAGUGUGAAAUUGCUUGGUAGAGUUCUUGUCCCAACUGCGUCACAGCCAAUCACUCCGUAAAAACUGUUCCUGGUACUUAUACAAUACUUGUUUAUUUUUGUCCUAAAGGUUAAGUUGCUGUAAUGAAUGUCUGUGACCCAGAAGUAACCCUGUGUAUUUUUCAUGGGAUAUGAGACUGGAGAAAAAAAUCACAGAACCGUCAAAACUGUUACUGAUAUUCCAAUAAAAAUUCGCAACACUGAAUUCUGGGGUUCA